GGCAUAUAUAUUAAUGUUCUUGUUCCAAGCUGUGACAUUCUGUGUACAGUUACUUGCAGAUACAUCUAUAUCAGCAAAGGUAAGCUCCCAAUUAUUAUGUUGUGAAUAGUUAUUUAAUACUUAUGAUUAACUCUUAUAUUUAUUAAAAAACAAAACAAAAAAACAAACAAAACAAAAAACAAUAUAAUGAUAUGUGGAUGUCCUUAAAUCUGAUGCAAAAUGAGAGGGUAUGCAAAAUAAGAGGAGAGGAGACAGAAUAUAGUGCAUUAUGUUACUCUAAUCAGUGAGGUAGGUAAAACAAAUACACUUACAAUUUAUAGGAGCUUAUGAUCAGCUCCAAAUGUGUACACUUGGGCAGUACAAUCCCUGCCUAUGGAUAUACCUGCAGUCUUGGUCUGGUGGAUAUGGUCCUAAUUGGAGCGCUUAUGAGUCUCCACAUAAAGACAUACAACAAAAUAUAGUGCUCUUUGAUAAAAUGUGACUUAAAAAAAAAAAAGGAGGUACUCACCAGAGGAGAGCAAUAAUGGAUUUUGCUCAAUUCUUGUGGCUUAGGUGGUAUAUUCCCCACCAAGGAAUUAGAAGUAAGAGUCCUCUUGGUAAAAUAUUCUUCUAAAAGUCAUAACAUACUACACUAUAUUCUGUUUCCUGACCUAUUAUUUUGCAUACCCAUUCAUUUUGGCUUGGAUUUGAAAAAGUGUUAAUUUUGGCAGCAAAUUUCAAUUUAGUUUUAGUCAUAGUCUGUGACUAAAAAUUUUUUUAGUUUUAGUCAUAUUUUAGUCAUCUGAAUUGUUUUAGUUUUAGUCGACUAAAUCUCAAAUCGAAUUUAGUCGACAUGAAUUAAAUCUAAUGGGUUUAGUUAAAGCUUUUACUUGUCUCUAUUUCCCCUUCCCCAGCCCCUCUGUGUCUCUUUGUGUCCUUCCAGCCCCUCUAGGUGUCUUUCUCCCAAGCCCUGGUCUGUCUCUUUUGCCCCUUCCACAGCCCCUCUAUUCAGUGUUAAUUUUGGUGUCAAAUUUUAAUUUAGUUUUAGUCAUAGUCUUUUGACUAAAAAGUAAUUUUAGUUUUAGUCAUAUUUUAGUAAUCUGAAUAAUUUUAGUCUAGUUUUAGUCAACUAAAUCUCAGAAAUUUUAGUUGACUAAAAUUUGACAAAAAUUAUUAGUCGACAAAAUUAAUACUGAUUUGGAGGGAUGUGCAUCUGUAAAAAAUUUGGUUUGGUUCAGGACUUCCGAAAUUCGGGACUUCGGCAAUUCCCUAAACUUACCCCUAACCCUACCCCUAACCUAACCCCAACCCUACCCUUAACCCCAACCCUACCCCUAACCUCAACCCUACUAGGGUUAGGGGUAGGGUUAGGAUUAGGCUUAGGUUAGGGGUAGGGCUAGGGUUAGAUUCCUGUCAUCAUUCCCUUAAUUUUCCCUCCCUCUCCUGUUUUGACACUUUUCAGAAAUCCAAAGCACUUCUGCACUUCCGAAAUUCAGCACUUCGGAAUUCGGUUCGGCAUUUCUGAAAUUCGGCACUUUGGCAAUUUGGCAAUUCGGCAAUUGCCAAAAUUUGGCCGAAAUUUAAAUUCAGACCGAAACGAAUUGCACAUGUUUACUGAUUUGAGGACAUCCAUAAGGCGCUGCUUCCCUCCCACCAUCUUGUACUGUUUCCAUCCAAAGAAAGACUAUAAAAGACUCUGGUUUGGGUUGUUUCAGCUGUCCACUAGGGAUGUGCAUGAGCAAAAAAUUUGGUUCAGCACUUCCGAAAUUCUGCACUUCAGCAAUUUGGGACUUCGGCAAUUCGGCACUUCGGUUCAGCACUUAUGAAAUUUGGGACUUCGACAAUUCGGAACUUUGGAAAUUCUCUUGCCACCACAACCACUUACACAUCUGUAGGGCUCCCUAACCCUAACCCUACCCCAAACUCUACCCCUAUUCCCUAACCCUAACCACCACAACCACUUACACAUCUAAUGUUAGGGUAAGGGUAGGGUUAAGAUUAUGGUUAGGGUUAGGGGUAGGUUUAGGUGCACAGACUGCCACCCCAACCACUUGCGCAUCUGUAGGGCUCCCAGAGCCAGAAAUGAACUUAUUGGUCUAGAUUCAUGUCAUAAUUCACGUAAUUUUCCCUCCCUCUCUUGUUUGGCCACUUUUCAGAAAUCUGAAGCAGAAAUUCUGUAAUUUGUCACUUCGGCAAUUUGGUUUGGUUCGGCACUUCCAAAAUUUGUCGCUUUGGAAAUUCUGACACUCUGAAGCAUCGAAUUGCCGAAAUUCGUCAGAAUUUUACAAUCGGAAUGAAACGAAUUGCACACAUCUACUGCUAGACAUCCUUAUUGCUAAAUUAUGAAUAUAAUGCCAUCUUUACAUUUUCAAAAAAAGAUUUGUAUUUAAAUAACUGAGUUAGAUUUGCUGAUGGAAAAUUAAUUUUUUACAUGAAUAUUUAGUUUUUGUUAAAAUCUUUACACCUACAGGUCUUCUUCAUCUACUGUUUAAAAAAAGUGAAACCAUGAAGCUUUUUCAGAUUCUCUGUGUCUUGAUGUUGAAUAUACAAUUUGCAGUAAUCAGUACCCAGCUGUGCCAAUAUACAGACAAAAAAAGUGAUGUUACAUGUCAUGGAUGCCACGCAUGUCAUGGUAAGGAUAUGAAAGAGAACAAGGCAAAAAACCUAUGCAUAUUAUAGCUACGAGACAUAGUUAAUUGAUUCUUUUGAAUGUUUCCAAAUCAGGUUUUUACUUUUAUUUGGGAUUAUUUCACCUCAGUAAACAGAUGCAUUUUUUUCCCCAGGGUAAACACAGGCCAAAUAGAAGUUCAUUUUAUAGUGUGUUAUUAACGACAGUCUCAACAACAAAUUGUAUUUUCCCACUUUUUUAUGUAAUUACUGGUGUGUCUGUCCACCUGUUCAAGAAGCAUGAUCAUGCAACAUCUGCCCAUACAUAUCAUUUUUUACCCAUGACCAUAAGGCCACCAUAGCCUCUGGGUAACAGGCAUGGGAGGGGCAGCAUGGCCAGUGGGGAGAUCAAAGAUCUCCCUCAGUGGCCAGUCCAUUCUUUUGCUGUGGGUCCAUGCUGACAGGCGAGACAGUGGCCAGUCCAUUCUUCUGCUGUGGGUCCAUGCUGACAGGGGAGAUCUCUGGCAGGGCCAACGCUCAAGUACAAAGGUCCUAUUCACUUAUCCUCUCUGGACAGACCACUUUGAUACUUACAUUGUAUCAGUGCAUUCCUGGGGAUGCAGAAAAGCAGCAUCUUCUACUGAACGAGGCCUAAUUUUUUUUAAUGUUAAUGUCUUCAAGCAGCUUUUCAGGCAAUAUUCCUCUGCUACAGGCCCCAUCCCCCAUUACAGACUUUAUCCACCACUGUAGCCCCCAUUCUUCUCAGCACAGCCCCUAUACCCUUACUAUAUCCACUAUCCCCCCCACCAUAAUUUCUAACUUCUCACUACAGCACCUAAUCCCAGAUUAUAGCCACUAUACUUCUAUUAUAGCCCCUGACCCCACUGUAGCCCUUUUCCCCUACUCACCACUGCCCAUAUCUCCUGCCCAGCACCUCUACCAACACCACACCCACUAUCUCCCAUUACAGCCACUAUCUUGCCACUAAAGCCUACAGUCCCUACCCCCAAACACACUCUACAGCCCUUAUCCUCAAAAACACACACUAAAGCCACUAUUCUCCCAAACACAAACACUAAAACUCAUAUUUUUCCCAACCCACACAAUACAACCACUAUACCAUUUACCACACAUUACAGUCCCUACAUACAUGCACACCCACAUAAUACACCAUAAACAGCCCAAUCCACAUAUACAAACUUGCAAGCGGCCUUAACUACAAACAGAGCCCCACAAGCAGGAUCCCCAAACUGGCCUUAGGUCUUGUACAAAACAUUUUUACAGCUUCCCUCCCUGGUUACACUCACUCAUCCAUGUAUCGUGUAUGUAUAAGGAUAUAGUGUUUGUAUUGGGGUAUUUAAUCCAGAUUUUAAAAAUAAAGAGGUAUAGGCACUCACUAUAUUACAAUAAGUUGGUAGGGGCUGCGGUAUACAAUACAAGGAUUCCCAAAACCUUGUGUGAUUGGUAAAAAGAAAAAAUAUAUGGUGUAUACCGCACCUCAAAGAUCAUAUAUACAUACACCUUCAGGAAAAACAAUGUUGCAAACCUCAGGAAAAAAUAGAGACAAUAAUAGUGCAAUACAAUAUGGUACAGUACAAAUAAUGUAGGUAGUAGCUAUAAGAAAACCACUCACAUCUAAUAGACAUUUUAGAGCUCUACUAUAUUUCAAACUUUUUUGAAAAAGCCUUUUGGACAGGCAAAACGCGUCAAGUGGGACUCUUACCUUUUUAAAAAUACUUUUAUUGUUUAAAUGUUCAUUAUAAUAAAUUUUUGGGAUUGUUACCUGAUACCAUCCAUAUCCUGAGGUGGUGAUUAUACCACCCAUGCUGUUCCAACUAGAGCAGGUCUUGCUCUAUAAAAUGUAAGUACAUUUCAUUCUAUUUAUUUGGUAUACCAGUACUUACUACACCAUUGGAGUUAUUUCUGCUGUUUUACCCCCAUAUAUAUAUCUGCAUUUGCAUCUGGAGGAUCAACACUGCUCCAACCACCAUAUAUCCUUAGACGGGGAUUGUACCGUCCACGCGCAAUACAGCAGAGCUCUAAAAUAGCUCUAUUAAAUGUGAGUGCUUUUCUUAUAGCUACUACCUACAUUAUUUGUACUGUACCAUAUUGUAUUGCACUAUUAUUGUCUUUUUUCCCCCCUGAGGUUUGCAACAUUGUAUUUCCUGAAGGUUUAUGUAUGUAUGAUCUUUGAGGCGCAGUAUACUCCAUGUAUUUUUUCUAUUUAAAAAAAUGCAUGUAGGCCCAUGUGUGAAUGCUAUUUAAAAUAUUUGCAGUGUCACAUGCACACAGUCCCACAAUCAGACAUACUGUCAGAUACACACAGUUAUACCCAAAUACUGUCAAAUAUAGCAACAUGUACAUAGUCCCAGGCGCAUAGCCACUAGUUACAGUCUUUAAGUUGCAUGCAUACAGCAAAACAGUCACAAGCAGACAGUAAGAGGCAGUCACACACAAACACAGUAACAGGCAGACAGUCACAUACACAUAGUUCCAGACAGUCGCACGCACACAGUCACACACACACACACACACCACACACACACAGUUAGAGGCAGUGAUACACACGCACACACACACAAACAUACAGUUACAAGCAGACAGCCACAAACACACACUUACAGACAGACUGUCAUAUGCACACAGUUACAGGCAGUCACACACACACACACACACACACACACACACACUUACAGUCAGUCACACGCAGUUACAGACUAACACAGUUACAGGCAGACACAGUCUCACACACACUGUCUAAGACAGACUGUCAUAUGCACACAGUUACAGACAGUUACACACACACAGUUACAGGCAUACAGUUACAUACACAGUCAAAGACAGACAGUCAUACACAGUUACAGAUAGUCACACAUACACACACACACACACACACACACACACACAGCUACAAGCAGACAGUCACACACAGUUACAGUCACAUACAGUUGCAGACACACACAGUAAUAAACAGACAGACAUACACAGUUACAGACACACACACGCACACAGACGAGUAACCCCAUUAUGCUGUGGAAGGGAAAUACUAGAAGCACUGCAGUCCCUGUUUAGCAGUUGUGGAAGCAGGAACUCCUUCCUGCUUCCCCCUCAGUAUGCAGCAUAACCGGCAGCAGGUAGAGGGCCGCACCUCUUCAAUAACAGACCCUAAGUGUGCCCAGCACCCCUUUAAACAAAACAAACAAACAAAUUAUAUAUAUAUAUAUAGUUGAAAACUGAGCCUAUAGGCAAAGCCUGAAUUUGUGGUUGUGGGAGGGGUUACUAGGCCUAUAAAUACACAGGCUGCCUAGUUCAGUACAGAACCAUCUACUUCCGGUUUAAAGGUCGUCAACGCAAACUACCUAAAAUCCAAACAAGCUGGUGUUGGCCUCAUGCAGCCUGCGCAUGUUUUUAUUUUACCUCACUCGAGUAAAGAAGAGUCACCUCCCUUGAAGCUCACGGUGCACUACUGCGUCCGGCCCAGCUGAGACUUUCCUGUUGCUGUUUGUUCUUUUAUUCCAACAAAAUUGUAAGCUUGUUCAUUGACUCACUGACAUUCAACAUGUAUUCACCCCAAAUUUGGCCUUCCACGAACUAGGGUGGCAUUCGCAGCUCAGCCCCUCAUUCAGAUAUGGCGAACUUCACUAUUAACACAAAUUUGCCCUAUUUUAAUCAUACAUAGCAUCACAGUGAUACCUUGUGGUGGAACUUAGCACCAAUUCUAUGUUUUUUUUUCUCACUUUUCGCAUGUUUUACCCUUUUUCUAUAUCCAUUUGUCUCCCGAACAAAGACCAACCCUGCACCCCAUUAGAACGUUUCCACCAGCAACUUAAGUGCGAAACCGCAAGGGAAGUAAUUAAUGAAUAUUUCCCUUGGGUUGCCAUUUCAUACAACUGAACGCACGUGGUCGACAAAAGAAUGGUGGCCAUCUUUUCUCCUGAACGAGGGCAGCGGUACUUGGUCGUCGAGUGCCAGGAACUCUUUUUGGCUAGGAACUCGCACAAACUCCGGUAAAACUUAGACUGCUGCCCGUUCUACUUCCUGACCAACUAGGAGAACGCUGUUCGGGAGAUAUGGAUUACAGAUUUUUCUCACGCAAUUGUAACGGAGCUCUUAGUACUCCAACCGAGUACCUCCAUUGAUGGAUGCUCAUAGUGCUUCCCGAGGGCUCUAAGCACUUCUCCAGACACCAUAAGCAGUGCAGACCAAACCUCUCUUCCUGCAGAGAGCGAAGCUGGAACAAGCUCUUAAAAUAGCUUAGUGAUUAUAGCUAGGGGAGUAUGUAGAGUAUAGCAAUCCCCCAGUGUAGAUACAGCCAUAUCCCCCAAUCAUGAGACGAGGCUCUAUGUUGAGGGUCAAAACAGGAACAGACAGAGCUGUGGUUUUUUUGUUUCUUAUAUACACAUUUUUACACAAUGUUACCACACACAUGGUUUUGUAGAACAGUCAAUCAAACACGUAUAAUACAGUUAAACACUCCCAUUCAUUCCCACAAAAUCCUCCCCUCUGCCUGUGAUAUAAUUACUGUACACCAGUGGCGUACACAUGACCCAUGGGGCCCCGGUGCGAAAAUUGAUCUGUGGGCCCCCCGCGCGGGCUGGGCCACAACACAUGGCGGCGGGCACCUGGUUGCAGGGGUCACAGGGUUGGGACCCCUGCGACCGCGGUAUGUACGCCAGUGCAUGCAGAUGCACACACUUAAAGGACCACUACAGACACCCAGAUCACAUCAGCUCAAUUAAGUGGUCUGGGUGCCAGGUCCCUCUAGUUUUAACCCUGCAGCUGAAAACAUAGCAGUUUCAGAGAAACUGCUAUGUUUCACUGAGGGUUAAUCCAGCCUCUAGUGGCUGUCUCACUGACAGCCGCUAGAGGAGCACACUGAACGUCCAUAGGAAAGCAUUGAGUAAUGCUUUCCUAUGGGCGGUUUGAAUGCGUGCGCGGUCGCAUUUGGAGCUGAGAGGCUGAGGGAACCCCAGCGCCAAGGGAGUCCGGCGCUGGAGAAAGGUAAGUGCUGAGUGUCACACACACUCUCACAAACAGACGCAUACACACUAGCUAACAGACACACACAUUUACUGACAGACACACUCAGCGACAGACAUACAUACACACUCACUUACAAAACAUACACUCUCAUUGACAAAACACACACUCACUAACAGACAUCAAACAGACUCACUAACACACACACUCAGUGUGACGAGACCAAUCUCGCCACAUUGCAUUGGAGAAGCCUGGUUGCUCGCCUGCUGCCUUUGGACUAUGGCCCCCUGUUAAAAGACAUCUUUUUUUCCUGCAGAAAAGCUUCAUUCGUGCUUUUCUGCCUGGGGUUCGGUAGAUUUGUUUGAAUGUGUUAUACCCCAGAUAGGAAUCCCAUGGAGCCCAUUCGUAUGAAACUGACUGUAAAGACUUUGGCUCCAUGGCGAUUAAACUGUAUUUGUGUGGUCUGAGCGCCAUUCACUUAAUAAUAUCUGGGGAUAUGUUAAAUGUAUAGUUUUAAUGUAAUGUGUCUUACCUGGUGUAUUUUAACAGUAAUGCUUGUUUUGUGUCCCCAUGUGCAUAAUGGAGUCUUGUCUCUGACAUGUCUGUGUUUUAUGUAUAAAAUGGGACUUUGUGUAUUGUACAGUAUUUUAAUGCUUUGUGCAAACCAUGUGCAUAAUGGAGUCUUGUCUCUGUCCUGGGAGAUAAUUUAAUUACUUCUCAAUUAUCUCCUGGGCAGAGGAGAGGAAGCCAGGAUGCAUUGUGGUAAAAAGGAAGGGGUAAUUGGGUUACCUCUCAGGAUAAGGGGGAGGGAAUCUGUGGGUUGUAACUAAUAUGUUACUGGAUAUUUUAUACCUCCCUGUUGGCGGUCCUGUAUUUGCAAGACUGUAAUAAAAACCAGGCUGGGUGUGCCAGCACCUCAGACCACUGCUUGACCCUCAACACGGAGCUCUGUCUCGUCUUUGGGGGGAUUUACUGUAUGCUGCUAAGGACUGAUUGCCAGGAGUGUAAGCAGCUUGGGAGCUUUUCCUGUUCGUCUGUUAGCAGCUAUUCGUGAGGUUCCAGUUCAGGAGUUUGGAGUGCUACCUUAUUCCCUUGUAUGCAGUUCGGGAGUUUGGUGCAUUCACUUGUAUUCAAUUCAUGAGUUUUGGGUGAUUCUACAGUAGCUGUGCCUGUCUCUGAAAGGGGAUUAUCGUCUAAGCGUUUUUUUUCCCCUUUUGUGCAAAACGGUCCGUUACAAUUGGUGGCAAGCGGCGGGAUCGUUCCCACAGACUACAGGACAGCUACAGGCAACACCAUUCCGUGGAUUUACAAUUUGAGGGAAACGCAUGUCUGAGUACAGCGACCCUGACAGCAACAGAAUGGAACCAGCAGUGUCAUACGAGGAGGAGGACCUGGAUGGCCGGGAUGCAUUAAGGAAAGGCAUCUGGUACCAGGCCCUGGAUAAUGUACAAUACCAGUGGGGCGAGAGUCUCCCCAGUGAAGAGCAGCGGUUGCAGAAGCAAGUGGCCCUGCGGAUGCCCAUCCUGGGAGAGCAGCCCCUGGAUGAAUGGGUGAAGGAAUUGGAGCACCGGGUAUGGCAGGAGAUUUGGCUGGAAGAUGCCUACCAGGCGCUCUGGUGGUAUGGGGCACAGUACCUGCCCUGGACAGCCGAGCAUGACAAGCCAGAGGGAGAGGAGUUUGAUGGUCCUGGCUUGUUAUGGGAGGCUUUUUCAGAGCCUGAAUUUGGGAGCCCUAUACAAGCCCGGUUCAGUGAUCUCUUGGAGUGGAGGGAGAGCAGGUAUGACUGGGACGACACUCACGACAUUGAGCAAGACCUGGCUCACCUAGCAACCCUGGAGUGGGAACUGGAGAAGGACUACCGAGAUCUCUUCCACUCCAUUGAGAAGAUUCAGCAGGACAGCAAGGUGACAGAUCCAGUUCCAGACCCAUUCAGCUGGGAAGACAUUGUUGAUAUUUUCUGGGAAGAACCCCAGGUGGCCGGUAGAGAUGGGACGAGGUCUCUCAACCGGUCCUGCAGGGAAUUGGGAGCCCAGUCUCCAUUCCCCAGCGGCAGUGAUUAUGCAGGGAAUUGGGAGCCCAGUCUCCAUUCCCCAGCGGCAGUGUAAAGUGCAGGGAGAGGAGAGCAGCGUCCUCCCUCCCCAGCGGCAGGCUGAGUUACAGGGGGCAGAGGUAGUUGUUCCUGCCCUCCAGCAGCAGAGUGAUAUGCCGGGAAGGCAGUGUGAAGUGCAGGGAGAGGAGAGCAGUGUCCUCCCUCCCCAGCGGCAGGCUGAGUUACAGGGGGCAGAGGUAGUUGUUCCUGCCCCCCAGCAGCCAAGUGAUAUGCCAGGAAGGCAGUGUGAAGUCCAGGGAGAGGAGAGCAGUGUCCUCCCUCCCCAGCGGCAGCGUGAUUUUUUGGGAAUUGGGAGCCCAGUCUCCAUUCCCCAGCGGCAGUGUUAUUGGUUGGGAAUUGGGAGCCCAGUCUCCAGUCCCCAGCGGCAGAGUAUCCAGCAGGGAAUAGAGAGCCCAGUCUCCCCUUCCCAGCAGCAGGACACUGUAUUGGGAGCGGAGACAGUCGGUCUCCCUCCACAGAGGAUGAAAGUAUGUAUGGGAGAGGAGCUUGCUACCACCUCUCCCCAGCGGCGGAUCAUUAAUGGGCAGGGAAUAGAGAGCUCAGUCUCCUUUCCCCAGCGGCAGAGUGUUCUAUCGGGAGAGGAGCCUGUUACCCCCUCUCCCCAGCGACAGCUUAGAGUAUCCAAAGGGGAGACAGUCGGUCUCCCCCUCCAGCAGCAGAGCUGUGUAACCAAAGGGGAGACAGUCGGUCUCCAGCAGCAGAGCUGUGUAACCAAAGGGGAGACAGUCGGUCUCCAGCAGCAGGACUGUGUAUCUAAAGGGGAGACAGUCGGUCUCCCCCUCCAACAACCAGGCUUCAACCAGGCUACCCUCCCAGUAGCGCUGGCAACAGGGCAGAGUGCCGCUGGUCUCUGCCCAUGCAGCACCCCACCAAGUCAGCGUACCCGUACCCAGCACAGCCGUGGUGAGGCACCUGGACAUGGACAAGCUUCUCCUCUACCCAGGUGCAGUAACCAUUUAUUGUGGGUGGGCUGUGCUGUUGAUUCUGUUUUGUGGGUGGGCUGCUGGACUAACAAGGGCACUGACCGGCAGGAGGUCAGAUACCCUGUUAGUCUGUUUGGAAAAGGGGAGAGAUGUGACGAGACCAAUCUCGCCACAUUGCAUUGGAGAAGCCUGGUUGCUCGCCUGCUGCCUUUGGACUAUGGCCCCCUGUUAAAAGACAUCUUUUUUACCUGCAGAAAAGCUUCAUUCGUGCUUUUCUGCCUGGGGUUCGGUAGAUUUGUUUGAAUGUGUUAUACCCCAGAUAGGAAUCCCAUGGAGCCCAUUCGUAUGAAACUGACUGUAAAGACUUUGGCUCCAUGGCGAUUAAACUGUAUUCGUGUGGUCUGAGCGCCAUUCACUUAAGAUGAAGAGGAAGCACUGAGUGCUCCCUCGCGUGCCCGCUUGCCGGGGGUCAGCAGGGCCAGCCUCGGGGGGCCCUGGGGUGGCCGGCUCCUGGGCCCCCCAGGGGAAGAGGCUGGCCCAGUGGGUACACACUGGGUCGCAGGGGCGGCCGGGCCCCUUGGUGGGCCGGGCCCGGUCGCAACCGCGACCCCUGCGACCCUGGUAUGUACGCCACUGCUGUACACAAUGGGUUAAUGUAAUUAUCACAGGCAGGAAAAAUAUACUUUUUUUUAAUAUUCUUUAUUUUUGUUGUGCACAAAAUUACAAACAAUCUGGCAUAGCCACAACAGCUCAAACCAGCGUUACAGCAACAAAUCUUAAGGUUAACAGCAUGGCUUAAUUUAACAUUGCACAUUUUGUAUUAAGUGGUGAAUCGUGUAGGUCACUCUGGUUCACGUGGCUAGGACAAAAGAGGGUAUGCAGGCGCUCGUCCGUCCGUUAAUUAAGCUAAAUUCAGACCGUAAUGUAGGUUUGAUGCCUUGUGAAUCCAGUUGCUCAUAGGGUUGGACGGGCUGUUUUGUUGCUGACCGCAUUGGUGAUCUAGCUUAAAACCUUAGAGCAGGGGUAGGCAACCUACGGCACUAGUGCCAUGCACGGCACUCUAGGUGUCUUUGCACGGCACUCAAGGCUGCUAGAGCGAAACAGGCUCUGGCCUAUCAGGAGUCCCAGUGAAACUUCAGAUACGAAGAUACGAAGAGGGGGUGAAGGACAAUCCUCAAUUUAUGCAUUGCAGCACGCAGAGGUAGUGAUCUCAGCUCACUUCCUCCCAGCACUUAUGAAUGGGAAUCCACACUGUAGUAUAGUAGCCUGCAGCUGCUGUUGCAGCUCCUGUCCUUGACCUAUACCUGGCCAGCCUGGUCCCCAAUGGAACCCAGGGAAGCCACCCACACUGCUAGAUUUACACAGAAAUGCAGAAUAACCAUCCCCUCAUACAAAUAAUAGGAACAGCCCACAAACAAACAUGCACAUAAUCUGUACAAACGUAACCCGCUAACAGUCCACAUACAUGCACACGACCCCACAUGCAGCCUCUCACAUGCAAUACCCCAAACAGUCCCCACAUAUACACACACUACCAAACACACAAUGUGACAUUUCCAUCCACACACACAACUCCACAAGCAGCCCCAUACAUAGCCCACAUUCAUAUGUAUCAUACACAAUAUCAUAAACUACUCAUGAACAUAUACAAUAUAAUAGCUCAUAUACACACAAAUACAAUGAUACAAAGAAAUUACAGUAAAAAUAACACAAGCAGAAUACGGCAGCAAACACUUCAUUUAAAAAAAAAAUCCGGCACGCCACGGGACAUCACAAUCCUAUAUCAGCACAGUGCUGCUAAAAGGUUGCCUACCCCUGCCUUAGAGCAUAGGGGAGUUCCCCUGGGUUAGGGUGACCAGUUCUGGUGGGCUGUUAGGGUACACUCUCAGUUAAUAUGGGUAGCGUGUGGGUUGUCAAGAAUUAUUCUGUAGGAUAGUCGCAUGUUGGCUCUCCCCCUAUGAGACCAAGUAUGCGAGUGACAGAGGACAUGUGAUGGGGCAAUUUAUAAGCAGACUCCAAGUGCAGUUGUAUAGGUUCUGCGCUCUCGAUACUCAACUUGUAUGUUGGGGCCUUUAGCUGGGGGGCUACUAGCCAGGGGGUUGCAUGUCAGCAUUUGUACUUAAUUGUGGUCUAGUACUGGGUGUCCUGUCAUUUGUUGGGGUGUAUGGGGGGUUUAAAGCUUUCACUCGUGUAUGUGGGACUCUGGUUGGGUGAGGGGUGUCUGCUGAGCAGGUUUGUCGCCUAGGGUUCAGACAUGGUUGUCUGUGUGGCCUCUUGUGUUAUUUGGGUGCUGCCCGGCUUGGGAGUUGGUCCCCCCGAGGUUGUGGGGUGUGGUGGGCGUGUUGUUGGGGUAUGGUGCUACGGGUUAGAGUACAGUGUAUGUAUGUAUGGAGGUGGUCGUCACUUCACGUUCCCCGUGUGCCAAACUUAUCUCCUGGUAAGACGUGCCAACCGCAGUCCCCGAACAUAGGGAUAGCGAGGGUCAUAUAUGACGUACAGAUAAAAACCACAGUAGUAAAAAUAUAGAAAAAAACUUAAAACAAAGAGCAAGAGAUACAAUGUAAAACAUUAAUCAUGGGGAGUGCAACUAGAGGAUUUGGAAAACCUUUUGCAGGGUUAAGUGUAUUCCCGUCUCUGCAGGCCUUCUAGGAAAGUUCAGGCAGUGGCCUCAGCAGAUGUUGCUGGGGUUGCUCCCUGAGGCAUGAACGGGGUCACUGCUGCCGGGUUCCAUGUGUGGGUUGUCGAUGCAUUUGGGCAUGAUUGUGCCGCGGUCAGAGCGUCCUCAGGCAGACCCAGAGUGGGGAGAAGGGCAAUGCCUCUUGAGAGUCCCAGACUGAGUGUAUUGUAGUGCCAUGUAGUAUUUCUAGCGUGCGCUGUAUUUUCCACUUAUACUUGAUGCCUUUAGACUGGAGAAGCAUGGUAAAGGGUUGAAGUGAUCUCCUCCAUGCCAUGGUGCUUCCAGAUAAGUCUGCAUAGAAUGUGAGCAGCAUGCCUUCAAUUGUAUAUGGUGAGUGGUUCCGAACUGCGGCCAUGACAGCUGCCUUGUCCUUGACGCUUUGGAAUCUGAGGAGGAGGUCUCUCGGUGCUGAAAUUGGUGCUUUUGCCGCUUUUGUAGACAUAAUAUCCCCUCCAGCCCCACCGUUUUUGCUUGCUUAAACAGCUACUCGUGGCAGUAGUGCCUUGAGAAGGCGCCAAACGAGAUGAGGCAGCUCUGUCUCCGAUGUGUUCUCUGUUAUUCCUCUAAUUUUGAGGUUUAGCCUUCGCCUCUGGACCUCCACCACUGCAAACCGUAAGUCUGUGUUUGCCUGUUGUUGUUGCAGGUCUUGGACUGCCCGUUGGAGUCGAGCUGUUUGCUGGGUAUUUUGGCGCAUGUCAUUUUCCAGUGCCCCGAUGCGGUUUGUGAGGCCUAGGAGGUCUUUCCUGAGGUGGGCCAUAUCUGCCUGGAGUGUGUGCUGGAGGUCUGCGAGCAGAUCCUUCAUGAUCGCUGUUGUUACAGGGGCUGAGGCUGGGUGAGAGGUGGCGGGCCCGAGGGCUCUCUGCUAUGGCAGGUAUCCCUCUACUGUUCCCAGGGAGAUGUCGUCGGAAAUCUGUGCCAUUGUCCAAGAAGUCGGCCAUUUUAAGAUCUAUGCUGCUCUGGGCCUGGUGCCACAGGUCCCCAAUAUUCAUGCCCAUUUUCUGCUUUUCAGGUUUAAGCUUCUUAGUCUUUCAUCCUAUGUCGUUGUUGCCAACUGCAGGUAUGCAAAGCAGGCUUUGGGGCUUGGCUCCGCCCCUGAAAAAUAUACUUUUUACACAUUUACUAUAACUUUAAAACUAUACAUCCAAUCUCCAUAAAACACAUAUUACUCAGCACACGUCAAAUACAAACAUACUCAAAACAUACUCAAACAUACUCAAAAUUCAGGCAAUUCCCUCCAGGGGUUAAAAAGUUAGUCGGAAGUCCUUUGUGAUCGACCACAAGCAUACUUUCCUGCCCAAAACGGUUCCAUAGAUUCGGGCUGUGCAGUCGGUCAGUUUUAUGCAGAAAAAUAACUAAGUCCCAUUCAAAUGCACGAACGGGGCGCCGUUCAUGCAAAUAGCCAAGUAUAGCUGUGCAUUCAAAUAGCCAAACGGGACUUCGUUUUCAGUCGAAGCAUCAAAGUGGAGGAGAAGGUAAGGGUCAGCGGUGUUCGUGAAAAUGUGUAGCCAAUUUCAGUUCCAUGGAUUUGGCUGCACCCACCGCUGACCAUGUUCGACUGAAUAAAAAUGGCCGCCGCCACGUGUUCGGCUGUACGAACGGUGGCCUCCCAGCGAUCGGCAAUUAACCUACAGCAAUCCCUCAGCAUGGGAGGUAAAUUAGCCACACACAUCCACUUCUGUGUGGUCCGCCUGUGUAAUACACUGCUCAGAAAAAUAAAGGGAACACAAAAAUAACACAUCUUAGAUCUGAAUGAAUUAAAUAUCAACCCAUGGAGGUCUGGAUUUGGAGUCACACUCAAAAUUAAAGUGGAAAAACACACUACAGGCUGAUCUAACUUUGAUGUAAUGUCCUUAAAACAAGUCAAAAUGAGGCUCAGUAGUGUGGGUGGCCUCCACGUGCCUGUAUAACCUCCUUACAAUGCCUGUGCAUGCUCCUAAUGAGAUGGCGGAUGGUCUCCUGAGGGAUCUCCUCUGAGACCUGGACUAAAGCAUCUGCCAACUCCUGGACAGUCUGUGGUGCAACGUGACGUUGGUGGAUGGAGCGAGACAUGAUGUCCCAGAUGUGCUCAAUUGGAUUCAGGUCUGGGGAAUGGGAGGGCCAGUCCAUAGCAUCAAUGCCUCCAGCCACAUGAGGUCUAGCAUUGUCUUGCAUUAGGAGGAACCCAGGGUCAACCUCACCAGCAUAUGGUCUCACAAGGGGUCUGAGGAUCUCAUCUCGGUACCUAGUGGCAGCCAGGCUACCUCUGGCGAGCACAUGGAGAGCUGUGCGACUCCCAAAUAAAUGCCACCCCACACCAUUACUGACCCACUGCCAAACCGGUCAUGCUGGAGGAUGUUGCAGGCAGCAGAACAUGCCACGUCUGUAACAUGUGCUCAGUGUGAACCUGCUUUCAUUUGUGAAGAGCUCAGGGCACCAGUGGCGAAUUUGCCAAUCUUGGUGUUCUCUGGCAAAUGCCAAACAUCCUGCACGGUGUUGGGCUUUAAGCACAACCCCCACCUGUGGACGUCGGGCCCUCAUACCACCCUCUUGGAGUCUGUUUCUGACCGUUUGAGCAGACACAUGCACAUUUGUGGCCUGCUGGAGGUCAUUUUGCAGGGCUCUGGCAGUGUUCCUCCUUUUCCUCCUUGCACAAAGGCGGAGGUAGCGGUCCUGCUGCUGGGUUGUUGCCUUCCUACGGCCUCCUCCACGUCUCCUGAUGUACUGGCCUGUCUCCUGGUAGCGCCUCCAUGCUCUGGAAACUACGCUGACAGACACAGCAAACCUUCUUGCCACAGCUCGCAUUGAUGUGCCAUCCUAGAUGAGCUGCACUACCUGAGCCACUUGUGUGGGUUGUAGACUCCAUCUCAUGCACCUGCAGAAUCACUCCUUUAUUGGGGCUUUCUUGCUUAUUGCCUAUAAUUUCCACCUGUUGUCUAUCCCAUUUGCACAACAGCAUGUGAAAUUGAUUGUCACUGAGUGUUGCUUCCUAAGUGGACAGUUUGAUUUCACAGAAGUGUGAUUGACUUGGAGUUACAUUGUGUUGUUUAACCCCUUAAGACCGGAGGGCAUACAAUUACGCCCUAUUUUAGGCGGCUCUAAAUGCCGCCGGGUGUAAUUGUACGCCCUCCGGUCUUCCCUUACUUACCUGGUCUCCGGCGGUCCCACGCCGGCGAUCACGGUUGGGGGGACUCCCAGGGAGCCCCCCCGUGGUAGAUUAUCUUCCUGGCAGCCCCCCCGGCUAUGUGAGAGUGAAGUCCUUGCGAGGACCUCACAAUCACAUGGCCAGGUAGGCUUCCUCCUGCAUUGCCAGCAGGGGGGCUACCUGUAAUGACAGGUGGUCCCCCUGCUGGCUGAAAAUAAAAUUAAAAUAAAUUAAUAAGUGUAAAAAAAAUAUAUAUAUAUAUAUAUUUUAUAUACACAUAUACAUACACACACAUACACUGUCUAGGUGUAUUUUACUAUUAAUAUAUAUAUAAUUAUAUAUAUAUAUAUAUAUAUUAAUAUCAAAUUACACGUAGACUGAUACUGAUUAAAUAUAUAUAUAAUUAUUGUUAUAUAUUUAUAUAUGAUAUAAAAAAAUAAUAUGUAAAUACGUUAAAAAAUAAAAUAAAAAAAUAAAAAAUAAAUAAUUAAAAAAUAUAUAGAUGUGUUUUAUUUCGUUCUAACUGUAUUGUGAUAUUAAUAUAUAUAUAUUUAUAUCAAAAUACACGUAGAACAAAAUAAUAUAUAUAUCUAUAUACAUAAAUAUAUACGUAUAUAUCACUAUAUAUAUAUACCUAUAUAUAAAUAAAAAUAUAUUUUUUUAAAAUUAUAUAUAUAUAUAUAUAUAUAUAUACACACACAUAUAUUCACAUACAUAUAUAUACAUAUAUUAAUUCUACAUAUAUAUUUAUGUAAUAUUUUUACAUAAUUGGGUAUCUUAAUUAAUUACAAUUAGCAGGACCUGCCUGACAACCCAUGCCAAAAGUAAAGGGAAUUUAAUUUGCUAGCACUAUAUUUAACCCUAUAACUUUCCAAGACACCAUAAAACCUGUACAUGGGGGGGUACUGUUCUAUUCGGGAGACUUCGCUGAACACAAAUAUUAGUGUUUCAAAACAGUAAAGUGUAUUACAACGAUGAUAUCGCCAGUAAAAGUGACGUUUUUUGCCUUUUUCAUGCACAAACAGCACUUACACGGACGAUAUUAUUGCUGUGAUACUUUUUACUGUUUUGAAACACAAAUAUUUGUGUUCAGCGAAGUCUCCCGAGUACAACAGUACCCCUCAUGUACAGGUUUUAUGGUGUUUUCAAAAGUUACAGCGUCAAAUAUAAGGCUUGCGUUUUAUUUUUUUCACAUUAAAAUUCGCCAGAAUGGUUACGGAUGGCAUACCAUUUGCAAUAGUAGACAACCCAGGGUAUUGCAAAUGGGGUAUGUCCAGUCUUUUCUAGUAGCCACUUAGUCACAAACACUGGCCAAAAUAGGCGUUUUUUGCAUUUUUCACACAAACAAAUACUAACGCUAACUUUGGCCAGUGUUUGUGACCAAAUGUCUACAAAAAAAGACUGGACAUACCCCAUUUGCAAUACCUUGUGUUGUCUGCUAUUGCAAAUGGUAUGCCAUUAUGGGUGUAAAUGUCAUUCCUGGGCUACUAUAAAGUCCCAAAGGCAACGUAACCAAUCUGGCGAAUUUCAAUUUCAAAUGUAACGUGCUAUAUUUGACCCUGUAACUUCCCAAAACGCCAUAAAACCUGUACAUAGGGGGUACUGUUUUACACGUGAGACUUUGCUGAAUACAAAUAUGUGUAUUUUAUUGCAGUAAAAGCAAACAGUAUUAUGACAUUGACAGUUAAAAUGUCAUGUAGAACUAAAUAAAUUUUAAAAAUUUUUAUUUUCUCCCAUUUUUUUCACAUUAAAUUAUGUUUCAUAGCUAAAUAUUUGAUAUUAAAUGAAAGCCCUGUUUCCCCUGAAUAAAAUGAUAUAUAAUAAGGUGGGUGCAUUUAAUAUGAAAGAGGCGAAUUACGGUUGGACAGACAUGUAGCGCAAAUGCCAGGUUUUGUUUACAUUUUGUUUCGUUCACAACGUGUACAUUUGGCUCCGUCCUUAAGGGGUUAAGUGUUUCCUUUAUUUUUUUGAGCAGUGAUAUAUAUAAAUAUAUAUAUUUAUUGCCACUGCUGUGCCAUUGAGGUAAUGUGUCCUCUUCCUAUUUCAUAAAGGCUGGUAAAAAUUCAGAAGGAUGUUUAAGCAGAGGGCCAUAUAUUUUGGAGAGCAUAUGUGAUACUAGUUUCUAGGAGAUACAUUUUUUCUCAUACUCAUUAAAGGGAUACUAUAGGCUUAAAAUUUUUUUGCCAGUUGGCAACUUGGAAAUGCUGAUCAUCUGAGAAGAGAUUAGAACCAAGAAAAAUGUGUGCAAGCGCUCUAAGGCACCACGGUGCUUUAAUUAAGGCUUUGAAUCGCACAAAAAAAAAGCAGAAAACUAGGGAAAGAGCUGUAAAAUUAUAAUUAUGGGGAUAAUUAUUAGUACAUUUUUUAACCAGGAAGCUAGGUAAGAGAUUGAAAGAAUAGGAAAACAAAACUUAAAUCCCAAGCUUCCUUACUGCCUAAACUAUGUUCAUAUAUUAAAUAUGAAAGUAUAACAACACAUCUUCAAUUACUAUUAGCUAAAAUAGUAGUCUUAACCCAGGGAGUCCCAAACAGCUUGGGCUAUAUCUGGCUUCUUCCCUAGACUGAACUCCCCAGGGUCGUCAAAUUAAAAAACUUAUGGCACGUGAUCUAUAAAGAAUAAGAGUCUUGCCAAAUAGCUGGAGGACAGGGAAAAAAAGAGUGCUGGAGUUUGGGAGGUUGGUCCUUUUAUAAUAUAUAAUUUAAAUGUAAUUAUUCCUGUCCCAUUUGCUGAGAGGGAGGGGCUUAACCAAUGACUGAUCCUGACAUGGAUUAGCCAGGAACUCAAACUUGAAAUCACACAUAGGAGGCUCCUGCACGGUCUAGAAGGCUAUUAACAGAUCAGGAGAUAAGCAAUUUUAAAUUAAACAGAAUGUACAAUAAAUUAAGCUGAAACAUUAUAUCUCUCUUUACAGGAAGUGUUUAGGAAUGCUGUGCAAGUCACAUGCAGGGAGGUGUGGCUAUGCCUGCAUAAACAAAACGACUUAACUACUAAAUGGCAGAGAAUUGAGCAAUGAGACUGCAGGGGCAUAAUUUAAACACCAAGACUGUUUCAUUAAGCUAAAUUUGUUUUGUAUAAAGUUGUUUUGGUUAUACUAUCCCUUUAAUGGAAUGUUUGAUGGUAGCCAAAUUAUGGUACAUUUGCGGCACCUCGGAGUGGAGCUUUUGUCUCUUGCUGCACUGCUAACCCUACAUUCUCCCGUCCUCGCUAUGUUUUAAUAUAUUCUUGAAGAUGUUUAGGCUUUAAACCGGAAAGGAGUUGUUAAAUACAAGGUUUUACCUGUUAUGUUGGACAUAAUCUAGGGGUAAUAUGUAUUGUAAGAUUCCUUUCCUCUGGGUUAUUAUAUAGUCUUCAGAAAUGUUUAAUCUUUUUUAGUUGCUUAACACUGCCAAGACUUUUUUCUGUUGCUCAAUUGGAAGAGUAUUUCAGACGUUCUUUCCCAUUGGAAGGCGGAGGUUUUAUGGAGUUUAUAUAAAAUUCAAGUUGUGCUGUACUGGAAAUUUGAAUACCAGGGUUUUAAAACUGUCUUCAACUUGCUCAUCUCAAUUUUAAUUCUUUUUUUUUUUUUUUUACUGUUUGAAAUAAUGUAAACCCAAUUACAGCUCAUUAUAACUUACCUUAAACAUAAAAAAUAAAAAUGUAUACUGCACUCACAAGAAAAUCACAAGCGCUGUAUUUUACUCAAUAUGCUAAUAAUUUUAUUUUAAUUAACUUUGCCAAAUUUUUACAAUAUGAAAAAUGAUAAAUAAAAUAAUGAUGAAAAAUCGAAAGAAUUCCUAAUAAACUUACAUAAGUGGUGAGAUAGCCCGAGUCUGCCACAAAAAAAAAAUGUGUUUCCAAUAUGUGGGGUAGUGUAGUGCAAAACAUUAUUUUUUAUUUUUGUUUUGUAUUUUAAAAGCCCAGAAAAAAAAUGGCUUGCCCUCAUUUAUAGAUUAUUAACACAUAUGUUGUUAUCAUAUAAUCUGUUGCAAAAGUGUUACAUUUAAUGUUUUCAAAAUUGGCCUCUGUUAUAUGGAUUCCCAAUAUUAAAGCUGUCUAUAGAGAAAACUGAAAAAAUACUUUGGAAAAGGACCAUUUAAAAAAAAUAAAAAUUUAGUCAUUAAAAAAAACUCAACUUUUUUUACAAACUAGCAUUUGAAUAAUAAUAAUAAUAAAAUAACAAUUUAUAUAUAUAUUUUUUUAUUUUUUAUUUUUUUUGUUAAACUGCUUUGUUCCUAUGAACCCAAAUGGUUGUUACAAAUUUGAAAAAAAACACAUAUUUUGAUACAGUUAUGGUUUAUAUAUGUUCCUGGGACAACCCAUGUUUGUUUUUACUUUUUCAUCUUCCAUUUAUACUCCUCCAAAUUUCUCCAAGGUUCUGUCUGAAUGCCUCCUCUGCCAGCCCAUUCUAUAUUUUCUGCAGUUUAAAGCAUGGGAGGGUACCAAGUGUUGGUUCCAGAGGACUUCCUAACCACAAGCUGCAUAAUUAAUUUUUGCUUUAUAGUUAUUAUAUUGAGUUAAUGACUGUCAAUAACUUCUUGUUUUUAAGAUUUGGAUGCUUUAAAACGUAAAGUAGAAAAUAUGGAGCAAGAACUUGCAUGUUUGCAAUCCAACGUAGCCGCACUGAAAAAUGGUGAGCAUUAGAAGCCUAUAAAUCUAUGAAAAUGUAUAUAUCAUUUAUAUCUGCGUACAUUUUGAAAGACAUCUGUAGUGUAUAUGAUGUAUGUUCCAAAUGGUUCACACACACAGUUACAGACAUACACUCAUAUCGCUGUAGAUUAAUAUGUGUCAAUAUAUUUUAUAAUUCCAUGGUCAGCAUGUACAAAUAGCCACUUUUGAGGAUAUUUAUUCAAGUGUUUUGUUCUACAAAGCAGUCGAAAGUACUAAAAAGUGAGGUAAUCAUCAUGAAAACCAGUGAAUCCAGUAGGUACAUUCCAUUUUAUAUUCCUUUUAUAUAUGUGAACCACUUUGUAAAACAGGACACGUUGAUAAAUCUCCCCAUAGUCUUACAAGCAUCACAUUUUAACAAGACAUGAAUUCUCUACAAAAUGCACCAUCAUUGUAAAGAGAUCCACUAAUCUGCUUCACAGAACUGACAAAACAUAGUUACGGGUAGUUAGCUGUGCCACAUACAUUAGAAGCUAAAGAGACAAAUUUGUGAUUUAAAAUUUAAGGCAUUUAUUUAUACAUCUGUUGUAAAAAAAAGUUUUCACUACCAAUUAAAGUCACAUACAGUUCUGAAAUCCCUUUGCCAUUUUACACCUUAUUACAUAAUACAUAUAAAGGUGUUACUCGAAAAAUUAGAAUAUCGUGCAAAAGUUCAUUUGUUUCAGUAAUGCAACGUAUAAGGGGAAACUAAUAUGCGAUAGACGCAUUUCAUGCAAAGCAAGAUAGUUCAAGCCGUGAUUUGUCAUAAGUGCGAUGAUUAUGGCUUACAGCUCAUGAAAUCCUAAAUCCACAAUCUCAAUAAAUUAGAAUAUUGUGAAAAGGUAAAAUAUUCUAGGCUCAUAGUGUCCCACUCUAAUCAGCUAAGUAAGCCAUAACACCUGCAAAGGGUUUCUAAGCCUUUAAAUGGUCUCACAGUCUGGUUCAGUAGGAGUCACAAUCAUGGGGACCUGACAGUUGUGCAUAAAACCAUCAUUGACACCCUCCUCAAAAGGUAAUUGCGAAGGAAGUUGGGUGUUCCCAAAGUGCUGUAUCAAAGCAUAUUAAUAGAAAGUUAUGUGGAAGGGAAAAGUGUGGAAGAAAAAGGUGCAUAAGCAGCAGGGAUGAUCGCAGAGGAUUGUCAGGAAAAGGCCAUUCAAAAGUGUUGGGGACUUUCACAAGAAGUGGACUGAGGCUGGAAUCAGCGCAUCAAGAGCCACCACACACAGACAGAUCCUGGACAUGGGCUUCAGAUGUCGUAUUCCUCUUUUCAAGCCGCUCCUGAACAACAAACAACGUCAGAAGUGUCUUACCUGGGCUAAAGAAAACCGACCUGGUCUGUUGCUCAGUGGUCCAAAGUCCUCUUUUCUGAUGAGAGCAACUUUUGCAUCUCAUUAGGAAACCAAGGACCCAGAGUCUGGAGGAAGAAUGGAGAGGCACACAGAUGCUUGAAGUCCAGUGUGACGUUUUCACAGUCUGUGUUGAUUUGGAGAGCCAUGUCAUCUGCUGGUGUUGGUCCACUGUGCUUCAUUAAGUCCAGGGUCAAGGCAGCCGUCUACCAAGAGAUUUUGGAGCACUUCAUGCUUCCUUCCACAGAUGAGCUUUAUGGGGAUGUUGACUUCAUUUUCCAGCACCUGCCCACACUGCCAGAAGCACCAAAGCCUGGUUCAAUGACCGUGGGAUUACUGUGCUUGAUUUGCCAGCCUGGUCUUCCAUAACACCUCAGCAGUGCCACAGGCUGAUAGCUUCCAUAGAUGCCAUGCCGCAUUGAGGCAGUAAUUGCUGCAAAAGGGGCCCAAACCAAGUACUGAGUCCAUAUGCAUGCUUAUACUUUUCAAAGGUCCAAUAUUGUUAUAUGUACACUCCUUGUUUUAUUGAUUGCAUGUAAUAUUCUAAUUUACUGAGAUUGUGGAUUUGGGGUUUUCAUGAGCUGUAAACCAUAAUCAUCGCACUUAUGACAAAUCACGGCUUGAACUAUCUUGCUUUGCAUGCAAUGCGUCUAUCUCAUAUAUUAGUUUCCCCUUUUACGUUGCAUUACUGAAAUAAAUUAACUUUUGCACGAUAUUCUAAUUUUUCGAGUAUCACCUUUAGAAAAGAUAAUGUGAUAUAGAUUUUAGAUAAGAAUUUGUAUUUAUUUUUUUUAUAUUUUUUCAGCUUUGGUCUUCAAUAAAGGGACAAGCAGUGGUAACAAAAUGUAUCUUACAAAUGGCCAGACAGCUACUUACAAUGAGGCAUACACAACUUGUGCCAAGGCAGGAGGACAGUUGCCUUUACCACAAACUGCCAAAGAAAAUAAAGCUAUAUUGACCCUUGCUUUGCAGCAAAAGAAUGCUCCAUUCCUUGGUAUUAAUGACAUUGGGGAUGAAGGAACAUUUAGAUAUCCAAAUGGAGAAAAAAUAAGCUACUCAAACUGGUCAGCUAGUGAACCCAAUAAUGAGUUUGGGGUUGAGGAUUGUGUGGAAUUGUUCAAUGAUGGGAAGUGGAAUGAUAAGAAUUGUGAAGAAAAACGACUUAUCAUUUGUGAAUUUUCGUAAAAUGUGUUUUUUUUAAAUUCUGUGAUGGGUAAUUGCAGGUAUAAAAAAUUGUAAAUUGUAUUCCUUUAAACUGUAGCAUGUUUCUUCAAUACAUUAUCUCUUACCCAGAUUUAAUGCAUUAGAUGUUUAGACUUUAAUAAGACAUUUUGUCCUAAAUUAAUGUGACAUCAAGUCAAGUCCUUGUUUACAUCAUGUUAAACUUUACGUUUUAGACCAAAUAAAGAUUAAGAUGUAUGGGUCAAGACAAUAGAUGUACGCUUCUAAUUUUCACAAGAACUUCUUUUAAACUUAAGAUGUAUAAUUAACCCAUACAUUACCUGUAAUAACUAGAAAUUGUAUUUUAUAUAUGUGUCUGCUGGACUGACUUUGAAGGAGGUAUUACUGAGAGAUUACCUAUACAAUCAGGAAGGGUAUGUUAUACUAACACUUUUAAUUGCAAACAUAUAUUCAUUUAAUCCUAUACACUCUGCCUCAUACUAUAUUAAUGGGUUAUUCAUUUUUUAUAUGUUUAUAUUCUUAUAUUCAAUAAAAUAUUGAAAAAAAGACAAAACA